CCCAUUAUUGUCUUACGAAUCAUGGAGAAUGUAACUUCACCACCUCCCUCAUCUCCCAAUUCUUUCAUCACUCCCCUACUGAUAUCCCUGGGAGGCAUACUCAUCACAUACAUGGCAAUAGUACUAUACCAUCUCAUACUGGCUAAAUAUUGCCGGAGGAGGCCAGAAACUUCCGUCCAGGUGUCGCAACCGGAGCUUGGAGGCCGAUUGGCAACUGGGGUGGAAGAGAAAAUUCUCGGAACAAUCCCAAUCCUUCAAUACUCAACCAAACAACAUGAAUUCUUUCGUGUCGAUCAAAGUGAAUGUGUGGUCUGCUUGGGAGAGCUAAAGGAUGGGGACAUGGUGCGUUUGUUACCAAUUUGCAGGCAUGCAUUUCAUGUACCAUGCAUUGAUCAAUGGUUCAUCGCUCAUAGUAGUUGCCCGGUUUGUCGGUCCGGCAUAGUUGCACCGUUAAUGGCAGAUUCCGAUCAGACUUUUUCGCCGGAAUGUGUUGAUCAAGAAGGCAAUAGGGUUGAGCUUCAAUCUCAAUUUCAUGAUCAGGGUCAUGAUCAAAACAGUGUUGUUAGCGCUUCUGUUUCGGGAGUUCAUGAGUCUCGUGGUUUGUUGCGCCAUUGUGCUUCAUUAGUAUUAACCGUGGAGCAGAGGCCACCUAGUCUGGUUGCGGAAUUUAAGCGAUCAUUGUCUGUGGAUCUGUCACCUGUUACUAUUGAUGUACGAGUUGAGAGUGAACAAACUUGUUCAUCAUCUUCUUCCUCCUCGAGCAGAUCGUACAGGGCACAAUCAAUAGGACAUUUGGAUCGUGUUUCAUCCAAAUUGCUGAUGUCUUUCUCACGCCUAGGCAUGGGACGGGGUAGUGGAGUUCUUCCCUACUGA